AUGUCUACGAAAAGUGAUUUAAAUAAAUUACACAUCCCGAAUUGUAGAUGUAAUACAAUUAACAAAUUUAAAUUGUUUAAUGCGGUUUUGAGCAAUUGCGAACAUCGCAGCGUAAACAAAGUCAUAAAAAAUGUUAUAAACAACGUUAUAAAAACCGCAUUGGCUGUGAAAGAUGUUAAAAUCAAAAAGCCAUUUCUAACUACAUUAUACGACUUGAGUAUUUCUUCUGAUGAAUCUGAAAUCGAUGGCGAGAUAACGUUUCAUGAAAAUAAAAAUGCAUCGUUUACUCUUGAAUCGAAUGAUACUUACCGCCCUAAGUUGAAACAAAAAACCAAAAAAAGAAAAUUCGUCGAAGAAAAAGAUGAACAGGCAAUGUAUUUGGCGUCUGAUCGUCUCCCUUCGUCACCAUUAACAAAAAAACAAAAACGAAAACAUAUUAAAACAAUUAAAUCUACACAGAAAUCUCAACAAAAGGAAGAAAUAUUGUAUUGUUACUGCAGGUCCCCAUACGACAGUGAACUGCCGAUGAUUGCAUGUGAUAGACCGGGUUGUGUAGUGGAAUGGUAUCAUUUCAAGUGUGUUGGUAUAGUAGCCGCACCUAAGGGGAAAUGGUAUUGUCCGGAAUGUCGGAAUAAAUAA